AUGAAUAUGAUACACAUAUUUUACGUUCUACUCAUAACACCCACGUUUGGAAUUUAUGUCCAGAAUGAAUUAAAGAAUGUCACUAAACGAAACAACUAUUCACCAGCUGAAUGGACAGAACCAGAAGGGAUUUGGAGUUCUCUUUUAGAAGAAUGGACAUUAAGUAAUAGAGAGAUUCCGAGUCGAGGUCGAGAGGCUCGCAUAAUUCAAACAGUUCCACCGCCAAACUUUUAUGGACAGCAACAACAACAUCAGUUUCAACAGCCUUAUCAUAAAUACAUACCAACGUCAGAGACAUACUUAAACCGACGAAUCGGAGAGUCCGUUGAACCUGAGCCAAAUUUAAGAAGGCAAAAUGAAGCAAUUGCCGGAAAAGUUGUUGCUAAUAUGAUGGGACCACCAAGCAUGCAACAUCAACAACAACAACAGCAACAGCAACAACAAAUUCCUUUAAAACUUCAGUCUCAACAUAGACAAUAUCAGUUUAAUUCGCCACGUGAAGUGUCGGAAACAGAUUUAUAUCUGCUUGGUGCUAUUGAAAAAUUGGUAUAUCGUGUUGAUUAUAUGGAAAAGAGAUUAAAGCGUACAGAACAACUUGUCUAUUAUUUGAUGGCUGGAAAUAAUCAAAAAGUAGAACCAGAUGAAUGUCCAAAGAAUUUCACAAAAAUAAAUACUGAUUGUUAUCAUAUUGGUGCUAAAGAUCGCGUAGAUUGGAAAAGUGCAGCACUUAAAUGUAAAUCAUUAGGAGCUAUCCUUGCUGAAUUUGAAAAAAUUGAAAAAUAUCAAGAUGUGGUUGCACACGUUUUAAGCAAUCAAGAUCUUCGAGGACAUGAUUUUUGGAUCGGCGGUUUAAAUCCUGGAUUAUUAUGGAUUUGGUCAACAUCAGCUCGUCCAGUUAAUCCAAAUGCAAACAUCACAUCAAUAACAAAUAAGAAUGAAGCAGUAACGAAAAUUCCAGCUAAAGUUCUUAAUGCAAGCAAUUCAACAAAAGCAGAACUUCCAACAAUCAGCUCUAACUUUCCUGAAAUAUCUGGAAAUGGAAGGUGCUUAAGACUGUCGUAUAAUCCUUCAUUAUUUAGCUACGGUUAUACAGGACAUGAUUGUUCCACAAAGCAUUACUUUAUGUGCGUAAUUCAUGACAAGUCACUCGACAAUGAAAUUAAUCGAAUUGCAAAGGAAUUAAAGUUCGACAUUGAGUAA